AUGAGGAAUUGUUUUUUAUCUGGUAGUCUUGAUUUUUCAAAAUGUAUUUCUUGUGAAGAAAAAUAUUAUGGUAUCCAUCCUUGUAUACAACAUCCAGAAAAUUUUUUGAUGUCUAGAAGGGAGAUUAAAGCAUUUAUUGAACUACAUGAAGAAGAUUAUUUAACUGAAGAGAAAAUGAGAGUUUUAAUAAGCGAAAUAAUUGAAAUUUCUCUUAAUCGACUAAAAAAUGGAUUAAAUGAUGACUAUUUAAAAAACGAAGAUUUAAAAAGAAAAAUAAAUAAAUUGUGUCUAUAUUCAAAUUUUCAUGACAAUUAUGAGAAUGCUAAAAGUCAUAAACAGGCAAGUGUUGCUGAAGUAGAAGAACACAUUCAAAAUAUAGUUAAAAAAUUUAUAAAUGAAAAACGUAAUAUAGAACAUAUACAGGAUGCUUUAAGUAAUCCUGCUUUAUGUUUAAAAGAUCCAAGACAAUGGAUAAGAGAUAGAACAGGAUACAAAGAUGUUGAUAUACCUUCUGCUGGCAUUUUACCUGAAAAGAAACUUUUCAAGUCUUAUGUGCUUAAUUCUCUAAAUAGUUCUUUAUAUAAUUUAAAAUCUAAUUGUAAUAGACAAUUCUGUGAUAGAUUCUCUGAUACCAAUGAAUGCGAACAUAACAUUAGAGUUCUUAACCAAGGAAAAUGUUGGAAUUGCUGGGCUUUUGCUUCUUCAACUGUUAUAUCUGCUUAUAGAUGUAGAAAAGGGUUAGGGUUUGCUGAACCCUCAGUUAAAUAUGUAACAUUAUGCAAGAAUAAAUAUAAUGUUAGUGAGAUAAAUCCCUUUGGUCAUUAUAAUGAUGGCGUAUGUAAUGAAGGAGGACAUUUAACUUUCUUUUUAGAUACAGUGGAAAAAUCAGGUAUACUCCCAACUUCUCAUGAUGUUCCCUAUAAUGCACCAUUAAAAAGUUCUGAAUGCCCUAAAUCUAAUACUUCAUGGAACAAUAUAUGGGAUAAAGUGAAAUUAUUAGACAAAAUAUACAAUGGAUAUAUGUAUCAUGGUUUUUUGAAAAUUUCCUUUGGAGAUUAUGUAAAACAAAAAAAAACAAAAGAAUUAAUAAAUAUAAUAAAAGAUUAUGUAAUAGAUCAGGGUGCUUUAUUUGUAUCAAUGGAGGUUAAUAAUAAAUUAAGUUUUGAUCACGACGGAGAACAAGUAACGAUGAGUUGUGAAUAUAAUGACAGUCCUGAUCAUGCUUUGGUUCUGAUAGGAUUUGGUGAUUAUAUAAUGCCAUCAGGAAAAAAAAGUUCUUACUGGUUAUUAAGAAAUAGUUGGGGAUCACAUUGGGGAGAUAAAGGAAAUUUUAAGUUAGAUAUGUAUGGUCCAGGUAAUUGUAAUGGAAAUGUUUUAUUUAAUGCAUUUCCUUUACUUUUAGAAAUGAAAGGUAGUAAAAUAAAUGUACCAUUACCUAAAGAUACAGCUUCAACAGAUGUUAGAAUUAGAUAUGAUCCUAAUAGAUUUUCUACAAAUAGAAGAAAUAAUAUAGCACCUCAUAAUAUAGAUAUUAAUAAAAAUAAAUUGUUUCCAAACAAAUUUAACAAAUUCGAUCCUUUUGUCAAACCUCAACAUAAUGAUUAUUAUGAUCCUAUUUAUCCAUACAUAAAUCCAAGAGAUAGUAAAUACGAACCCAAAAAUGAUUCUUAUGAUGACAAUAACAAUUAUGUAAAUCCUGAUAUUUUUGACAGAAAUGAAUCAGGAAUUAUACACAAUCGUGAUUAUAAAAAUCUUCGAAGAAUUUUUAAAUCACAUCUAAUUGCCCAAAUUGGCGAUAUUAUAUAUAAAAGAUCUAUUUAUUCGAAAAGAAAAGAAGAAUUUAAAGAACCAUAUUCAUGUUUAAGGACUUUUUCAAUGGAUGCAUCGUCAGAUUCUAUAUGUCGUAAUAAUUGUGAACGGUAUAUAAAUGAAUGCAAAUAUAGUUCAUCAAUUGGAGGAUGCCUAAUGAAAUAUUCUCCAAAUUAUAAAUGUAUUUAUUGUGGUAUGUAA